AUGGAACGCCAGCCGUACACGGGCCCGCGGCUCGGGAGCUGGUCGGCCUUUCCGCAGUGGAAGGCGGGCUUCAUGGCCGCGAUGGCGUCCGUGCAUCUCUCGCAGUACUUCCUCAAGCCGCAGUUCGAGGACCUGCUGCUCGUGUCGCCGGCGCUCGUGCAACGCCUCCGCGACGAGGCCGAGCGCGCCGAGCCCAUCGUGGCUCCGAUGUUGAAUGGGACCAAACGCGAGAUGGCGACGCACGAUCGGAUGCUGCGCGUGCAUGCGCGACUCGAGGAAGCGAUCCAGAAUGAAGUCGCCUGCCACCGCGCCGAAGCAGAGCACCGCGCGCGGCUGUAUUUGAUCUCGGCACUCGACACCGCCCUCGUCGACAUCAUGCAGGCCGCGCCGACCGUGUUCGACGCGUGGCUCUUCUUACACGUGAAGAGCCUCAUGCCAAACUUGACACAGCAAGUCCACGACGUUUCCGAGCUGCUAGAACGCAGCACCGACGACGUUGCACCCCUUGAAGGGCCCAUGGACAAGUCUCUGCAGGACCUUUUGGCGAUGCGCGGGGCGGCAGAUUCCAAUGCCUGGUUUCACGCUAUCGUCAAUCGACUCAAGGUGACGCUCUCGACCCACGCGGGUGCCGACGACACGUCAUGCAUCCACGCCCCGUCCUUUCUGCCUUCUCACACCUUUGAGCGCAUGCCGCGUGCUGCCCAUGCACCGCCAGGUGCCAGCUUGAUGCGUCACCCGCUACAGCCUCUUGGGAGCCCACUGCGCUUGCAGCGAUACCGUACGCUGCGAACCUCGCCGGCCGUCGGGAACGCGCGAGCCAGCUCCAAGAAGGAGUCACCGCAACACAGCUUUCUUCACGUCCCCGCCAAGCUCCUGCACUACAAGACCCAGAUCGAGAACGUUGUCGAGACGCAUCGCGUGGUCGCCCAAAGAACCAAGGCGCUCACCAAGCUCAUGGCCGCGCACGGCCACAACUGGGCCGCAAUCUUGGCCGAGGGUCAUGCGACAAAGGUGCUCCUGCCGUGCCGAACGAGCAAGUCUCUCCAGCGAAACAAGAUCCGCAUGAUUGCGUAUGCUGGGCCGCGGCUUGGCGACGCGGCCGAGAUCGCCGCCUGGACGACGCAGUUUCUGGACGCAGCGGCGGCCAUUGGCCUCGACAAGUACUUUACCAUCGGCGACUACACCGACGCGAGCGCGGCGCUGCGUGUGUCGCAGGCCAAGCACCACCUCAUCGCGAGCAAGGCCGAGGCGAUGGAGCCCGAGGUGCCAUCGGGUCUCUCGGCGUCCGCCCACAGGCAUGCGACGCAGGUCCGACGCACCCGCGUCCAGGACCGCAUUGACGCGGCGCUGGCCAAGGAGGCGCUCGCGAUCGGUGCGCGCGACCGGCGGGCUGCCGAGCGCUACCUUCUCUCCGCCGUCGACCCGCGCUGGCACGCAACGCUCAAGGCCGAGUGCGGUCCGUACGCCAAGUGGAAACGCCUCCUCGCAAUGCGUAGCACGACGUCGCCUCAUAUCCCGGCGCUCCUCGACGCCAUGAGCAUCACGAUGCAUACUGAUGAGGACUGGGGCACCUUCUCGCGCCGCUUGAACGGUCCCGUGACCACAUACAUCGACAGCAUCAUCGCCGCAGGCGUCGCCGCCGCCCAAGACGACGCGGAAGCCAUUGCCUACAGUCGCAGCGUCGGCGACAAGCUCCGCUACCACAACACCGUGCAGUGGAGCUACGAGUCAUUCCAGCAGGACCUACAAGCACAAUGGACAAGUCGUACCGAAACGCGGGACGAAGACGACGAGAACGCGCUUCUCUAUGGUGGCGGCGCGUAUUCCUCGACCGACGACGCCGAUGGCCGAGAUGCGACCACCGUCGUCGUCCACGACACGGAGGACGAACCCAUGUCGAAUGACGCAGCAUCGUCACCGCGCGACUCCCCGACGCACCGACGCGCCAAGAAGCAGAAGAAGAAGAAGAAGAAGAAGACGGCCAAGCUCUACUGCACAUACUGUCACUCGAAGAAGCACUCGGACGCGAGCUGCUUCUACCUCGCGAUCGCGUACCGCGACAAGAUUGUGCGCGAGGGGUACACGCGUCCGCAUGGCGUGCCGAUCCCGCAGCUCUCAGACGACCUCGUCGAGAGCAAGCGACGCUUCUGCACCUACUGCCACAGCACCAAGCACAACGACAUCGCCUGCCCCCAGCUCUUCGACGACGUGCACAGCGGCAGUGUCCGGACCGGGUACGCGGAUCCGGACGGGCAGCUCAUGCCGACGCCUGCACGUGUCAAGGCCGACGAGAGCGAGCAGACGCCCGACACCAUUGAGCCCAAGAAGGAGCUUAUCGCUGCUAGCUUGGUCCCGCCAACUGCCCAAGACGAAAUGACCGAGGACGUUGAGCCGAGCGAGGAUGACCACCAAGCGAAUGUCGCGAUGGACGUAGAGGAGGAGGACGAUGAGGAUGAUGAGGAUGAUGACGUCGUCAUCACGCAUGUGCUGGAAGCAAGAAGCAACAAAUGGAGUGCGGCCGAGUGCCUCCAUCUCGUCGCGCUUGUGGACGAGCUCGGCUCGGCUUGGGGCACCGUCGUCUCAAGAGGCAUCACCGAGAAGACGCUGCUACCAUCACGGACCCCUUGCGCUGUGAGGGAUCAGUAUGCAAGGCUCGUCCAGCGUGGCCUCGCCAAGAAGGCAGCCGCCGCGCGGCCCGCCACGCGCGGCGGGAAGUUUACGCCGGCGGAACUUGCCUUUCUGCGCACAACGUAUGCCAAGUACGGCAACCGAUUCGGCGCCAUUCACAGCAACGGCCAAGCGCAAGGCCUCUUUGUAUCGCGCACCGUCGCCGAUAUCAAGAACAAGAUCUACCGCAAACGAGCUGCGUGGGCCGCCACCGAAUACUUGACGUCCUCCGAGUAACACACGUCAAUUCGCAUGCUACUUUAUCUGCCGCUCAG